AUGCUCAGGUUCAUCCCGCCGGUCGUGUUCUUUGGCACUUUGGGCUAUGUUCUGAUGAACUGGUUCCCGACGGAGUUCAGACGCUUCGCGGGCGGUGGCGUCGUCGAGAGGACGAUCUCGCGAUCCCAUCUCGCGAGCCUCCACACGCCGGGCCGUGUCGACAACGGCGGCUCCCGUCGACUCCGGCUCUUCAUGCCCGCCGACGGGCCGAACGUCAACCUCUGCAAGACUAUCAUGUCGGCAGUCGCGCUGGGAUACCCAAUGCCCACCCUCCUGAACUGGAACGGCGAGUUCAACCGCCCGGACUGGCACUUUGCCGGGUCGCACAUCGCGAAGCUGGAAUCCCUCUUAGCGGCCAUCGACGACCUGUACGAGCGAGACGACAGCGACAUGAACGAGAACGACCUCGUCCUCCUCGUCGACGCCUACGACGUCUGGUUCCAGCUGCCUCCGUCCGUCCUCAUCGAGCGCUUUCACCGGCUCAACCGCAAGGCCGAUGCCCGCGCGGGGAAGCAGUGGGAGGGCCUGGGCCUCAAGCCCGACUUCCCCGUGGCCCCGCCCGCCCAGGAAAUCAUCGUCACCGCGGCCAAGGACUGCCAGCCGACAUGGGAGUCGGGCUCCGACCCGCGCUACGAGUACUGGCCCGACUCGCCGCUGCCGCCCGACUUUUACGGCAACGAGACCGACCAGGUGCUGCCGUACGUCUUCGACUCGGCCCGCAAGUACAGCAAGAUGCGUCCGCGGUGCGUCAACAGCGGCAUGGUCAUGGGCACCGUCGGGCCGCUCCGGGGCGCGCUGCGCAAGUGCAAGGGCAAGGCCGACGCGGCGGCGGCGGCCGGGCGCCAGCUCUGGAGCGACCAGGCUCUCUUGGCCGAGGUCAUCGGGGACCAGGAGGUGUGGCGGCACUGGGUGCGGGGGCUGGCUGCGGCGUGGAACGGCAUUGUCUCGCCGGAGCGCCCGGGGCGGCUUCCGCGGGAGGUGCGGCGCAUCGCGGACGCGGCGCUGGCCGGCGAGGCGUUCGAGUUCGGCAUCGGGCUGGACUACGACUUCGCGACCAUCCCCCCGACGUGCUCCUCGGAGGAAGACGGGUACUUUCCACCCCCUAUCCCGGGCCACACCUGGGGCGACCUGUCCCUCUACACGGACUUCUUCUUCGGCACACCGCCCGUGGGCAUCCACCACAACGCCUACGUCUUCGGCCUGAAGGCGUGGCGGCUGGAGCACUGGUGGAACCUGACGCGGUUCCAUCCCCACCUCCGGGGGCUGGUGACCGAGGCCCUCGCGUCCAACAGGAAGCUCACGCCGCUGGCGAGGCUCCCGUUGGAUUCCGACGGUGGGAGCGAGAUGGUUUACUGGGCGUCAGGAGAGGGGCCGGACGAGGCGAGCGUCAAAGUCUUUGACGGGUCCAAGGAGCGGACGGCGUAUUCGUCGGUCGGGUGGGACGGCGUGUGCCAGAAGGGGGAUAAGAAGUGGUACGAUGUGGUAUUCGCCGACGGUAAGGGGCCGUUGGCUGUUUAG